AGAUAGCGGGGUUACGCGACACAGUUUAGUACGUGACGAGAGAAGUAUCGAAUAACGUUUGGAAGUGUUCGCGCUCAUUCCUUGUGAACUUUCGCGAACGUACGAGCUUCUGGUAUUUCAAGUGCCUACGUGAGAACGUGCGCUUGAAGAAUAAUUACGAGAUUACAACAGAACGUUAGACAAAAAGGAUGGGGAAAGAUUACUAUAAAAUCCUUGGUAUAGCCAAGGGAGCCAGUGACGAGGAAAUAAAGAAGGCUUACAGGAAGCUAGCCUUACGAUAUCAUCCUGAUAAGAACAGAAGUCCCGGCGCCGAGGAGAAAUUUAAGGAAAUAGCCGAGGCAUACGAAGUGCUGUCAGAUGCGAAGAAGAGAGAAGUUUAUGAUAAAUUCGGCGAGGAGGGACUCAAGGGUGGUGCGUCAGCUGGUGGAGGUGGAGGAGGUGCCACAUACACCUUCCACGGUGAUCCCAGAGCGACCUUCGCACAAUUCUUUGGCUCGGCUAGUCCUUUUCACAAUCUAUUCGAAUUCGCUGGUAAUCGCGGUGGAGGAUUCGGCUUUCACGACGAUGAUAUGGACAUUGACAUGGACCCUUUUGGACUCGGUAUGGCAGGACCACCGCGGCAAGGUGGUACCUUUAGAUCGCAUUCAUUCAACUUUGCGAGUCCAAAUACCGGUAAAGCAGGCGGUAAAGAUCGCGCCCAGGAUCCAGCUAUCGAGCACGACUUGUAUAUCAGCUUGGAGGAAAUUUUGCGAGGUUGCACGAAAAAGAUGAAGAUAUGCAGACGGGCCAUACAACCGGACGGCAGCACGAAAAAAGAGGACAAACUACUCACUAUCAAUGUGAAACCAGGCUGGAAGGCUGGAACUAAAAUUACUUUCCAGAAGGAAGGCGAUCAGUCACCGAGGAGGGAGCCAGCAGAUAUCGUUUUUAUCAUUAGAGAUAAACCACAUCCGAUAUUCAGGAGAGAAGGGAGCGACAUUAGAUAUACGUGCAAGUUGAGCUUAAAGCAAGCUCUAUGCGGCACUGUUGCCGAAGUUCCUACGCUAACCGGCGAAAAAAUACCUUUGAAUCUGAUGAGAGAGAUCAUCAAGCCAAGUACGGUUAAGAGGUUCCAAGGACACGGACUACCUUUCCCCAAAGAGCCAUCGCGGAAAGGCGACCUUAUUGUAUCGUUCGACAUCAAAUUCCCCGAGACGCUGACACAAAGUGCUAAGGAUAUAUUAUACGACACGCUACCCAAUUGAGUUCGCAUAAAUCAAUCAAGAAACGCGAAUGUACAACGUAGGGGACAUCGAUACAAUUAUACAUCUCUAAUCGUCUCGAUCGGCGAAAUAACGAUACGUCUUGUGUACGUUCUAGUACACCGAGAUGCGGCGAUAUGCAGCAACGACCACUAUGGCGAAAUGAUUCUAAGAACAAUUAAAUGUUUUCCCGAUUGGUUUGUAGAGGCCGACUAUAAAAAAAUAAAUGUUUUAAUUUUUUCGACGUUGCAUUAAAUAUUUAUUUGAAUUUAAAUUCGACGACUCGGCGUCUCUGUACGUAGCAUUAUUGGCCUCUGCGAUAGCUCGACUAAAAACGAACAUGUUAAAUUAUGGAACUAUUACAAAGAGAAUUCGCUACAUCUCUAAUCAUGUGGUUGUCGCAUCUGAAUUAUUUCGUUUCCUCUAUUACACGUAUUAGGCGUGUAUGUGUGUGCGCGUAUAUGCGUGCGUUCUAGAGGUGUGCAUGUAUGGUAUGUACGCAGGCUGCAAGACAAACAUGAGUGCAAUAUCGGAAACUUAAAAUGUUUCGAAUAAUCAAAGCACGUAGCGGCACAUAAUAGCGAUACGUUCAACGACGUAUUAAGUAUAUUACACAGUUGGAUUAAAAGAGAUCGAAAAAGGAAAGAAUAACGAAACAAAAGUUUCAGAUAUUGCGACAAAUUUUGUAGGUCGAUGUUUUAUUACGUACAUACAUUCUGUCUAAUAGAGGAACUUUUUGUUUAUAUUAAAUAAUAAGGCAAAUUAGCGAAUAUAUUAUGACUCGAUUGUUUCUAACGUCGCGCCAAUAUACCGUUAUGUAAUGUGCUCUUAAGUUUAAUGGUUGAUUAAUUAUUUGUACGCUAAAUAAUAUGAAAAUUAUUAAGUUA